GCGCACCCUACCUAUUACUUGUCGCCUCCUAGCAGCCAGUAUUUCCAACCAGCACACUCAUUGUACAUAAGCUGUUAUUGUGGCCACCGCACUGGGCAUUCGAGAUCGUUCAGUUAUUUUUCACACACGCAAACUGACCCGAGUCACCUCAUCACCCCCACCACCCUUUUCUCCUUCCUCACCCUGACACUCGACACCGCUUUUCCACCGCUUCUAAACACACCAUGCGUCUCUUGCCACGCGAGCUCGACAAGCUUGUGUUAAACCAGACCGGGCUACUUGCUCAGCGCCGCCUCGCGCGUGGCGUAAAACUCAAUGCCUCUGAAUGCACGGCACUACUGGCAACCGUCCUGCUGGAACUCAUCCGCGACGGUACCCAUUCUGUCAGCGAUUUGCAGACAAUCGGACAAAAUAUCCUCGGCUUCAGACAUGUCCAGCCGUCAGUCCCGCAGAUGCUGCAUGAGGUGCAGAUCGAAGGGACGUUCCGCGAUGGCACGUUCCUGGUAACCGUCCACACCCCCGUAUGCACACUGGAUGGUGACCUGCAGCUCGCACUCUACGGGGCUGGUAUCGACAUUGGCCAGGGCCCUGAUAACUUCGCAGAUAUCAAGAACCCGAGCGACGACGAGCCCCCGGAGUGGGCGGCUGCAGCUGAGACUGCCCGGCUGGAGAAACUCACCACAAUCAAUACAAAGCUGUUCCCAUGGAACGACGAUAUAGCCAAGGGCUAUGAGCCCACCAGCGACUUGGCGUCGGUCGGCCACAUAAUCCCCGCGCCAGGCGUAAUAAAAAUUAACCAAGGCCGAACACGCUAUGCACUUCAAGUCACCAACCACGGAGAUCGUCCAGUGCAAAUCGGCUCCCAUUACCACUUCGCCGAAGCCAACCCCACGCUCGAGAUGGACCGCGAGAUCGCCUACGGCCGUCGCCUGGAUAUUCCCGCCGGAACCGCCGUGCGCUUCGAGCCCGGAGACACCCGAAUUGUCACCCUGGUCGAUAUCGCUGGCAACAAGAUUGUUAAUGGCGGCAACAACUUUGCUCCCGGCAAGGUCGACCGCACACGUAUUGCUCAUAUUCUCGCCGGGAUGAAGGACCUGGGUGUUAUGCAUCUGCCGCAGGCGCUGGCGGUUACCCAGCGUGUUCCACGCCCGCGUACCAUGGACCGUGCAACGUAUGCUAUGACAUACGGGCCGACAAUCGGAGAUCGCGUUAGGCUAGGAGACACCUGCCUGUGGGCCGAGAUUGAGUGGGACGCAACGGUUUACGGCGACGAGUGCAAAUUUGGUGGUGGCAAGACGCUGCGCGACGGAAUGGGCCAGACUACCCCUUUGCUGCGCCGCCAAUGCCUUGACCUGGUAAUCACCAACGCUGUCAUCAUCGACUAUACUGGUGUCUAUAAGGCUGAUAUCGGAAUCAAAGGCGGUAUGAUUGUCGGCAUCGGUAAGGCCGGAAACCCAGACGUCAUGGACGGCGUUACACCUGGGAUGUACGUAGGUACAUCGACUGAGGCCAUGGCUGGCGAAGGCAAGAUUGUUACCGCUGCUGCUAUUGAUACGCAUGUCCACUUUAUUUGCCCGCAGCUUAUUGACGAAGCCCUAGCAUCCGGUAUCUGCACGCUCAUCGGCGGUGGCACUGGCCCCAACACCGGCACCAACGCGACCACAUGCACACCAGGCGCCUACCACAUCCGCACCAUGCUCGAAACCACUGAUACAUUGCCUAUGAACAUUGGAUUUACUGGGAAGGGCAAUUGCUCGGAAAAAGAACCACUGCGCGAGCAGAUCCGUGCUGGCGCAGUCGGUUUGAAGAUCCACGAGGACUGGGGAGCCACACCAGCUGUCAUUGACACAUGUCUCACUGUGUGCGACGAGAUGGACGUUCAGACGACUAUCCACACCGACACAUUGAAUGAGUCUGGAUUUGUCGAGCACACCAUUGCUGCUAUUGGCGACCGCACUAUCCACGCGUACCACACCGAGGGUGCUGGGGGCGGACACGCACCUGACAUUCUGGCUGUGUGCGGCCAUCCGUCAGUCAUCCCGUCAUCGACCAACCCAACCAGACCGUACACUGCCAACACUUGUGAUGAGCACCUUGACAUGCUCAUGGUUUGCCACCAUCUGGACAAGCGUAUUGCUGAGGACGUCGCCUUCGCCGAGAGCCGCAUUCGUGGCGAGACUAUUGCUGCCGAGGACGUGAUGCACGACCUGGGCGCCAUCUCGGUUAUGUCGUCUGACUCGCAGGCCAUGGGCCGUAUCGGCGAGGUUGUUGGUCGCACUUGGCGUACUGCUGACAAGAUGAAGCGCCAGCGCGGACAUCUGCCUGUCCCUGAGAAUAGCGAUGAACUUGGAAUCCCGCGUGCCUCAAUCUACGAUCGCGCCGACAACUUCCGCAUUCGCCGCUAUAUUGCAAAGUACACGAUUAACCCGGCCAUUGCCCACGGAUUGUCGCACGUUAUCGGCUCGAUAGAAGUAGGCAAGCUUGCAGAUUUGGUAAUGUGGUCACCACAGGAAUUCGGCAUCCGACCCUCCGUUGUGAUCAAGGGAGGAAUGCCGGUAUAUGCCCAGAUGGGUGACCCGAACGCCUCGAUCCCAACCGUUCAGCCUAUGUAUAUGCGGCCAAUGUUUGGAGCUCUUCCUGGAGGUGUGCGUAAUAACUCGAUCGCAUUUGUGUCACAGGCCAGUCUCGAUGAGGAUUACGGCGCAAUGGCGAAAACUUACAAGGUCACUAAGCGCCUGGUACCAGUCAAGAAAUGCCGCUUCAUUGGUAAGAAGGAUCUGAAGCUCAACUGCGCACUGCCAAACGUCACGGUCGACCCGGAGACAUACGAAGUCAAGCUGAAUGGCGAAUCAUGCUCGUGCGAGCCUGCCACUGAGCUGCCACUCACUCAGAAGCACUUGCUCUUCUAGGCAACACAUGUACUUAACCCAAAGAGACACUUCAAUAAACUUAUAAACACAAGUAUACUAUCAACAUAGCAAUACAAUCAAACAUUUGC